AUGGUAGAUCAGCCCAGUGAUGCCAAGGCCCCGGAUCCACAUGUCCAAUCCACCUCAAACUCAGACCGGGACCCCGAUGAGGAUCGCAUUUCCGUCGAGAAGGAGGAGAUCAAGGCCGGGGCCGAAGUGCGCCGUCCCGAGUUGAAUCUCAUCCAGAGCCAUGCCACUGAUGCCUCGGCCACCACUCAGGCCACCACCGUGCCUAGCCACACCGACCCAAAGAAAAAGAAGUGGUACAGGACAAAUCCUCUGAGAUGGGGAGAGUCUCCACCGCUUCCGACUGAGCGGCUGCCGUGUCCGGAGCACAAAGCCGGCUUCUUUAGCUUGCUAACCUUUCAAUGGAUGACGCCUCUGAUGACAGUUGGCUAUAGGCGGCCGCUUCAGGAAAAUGAUCUGUGGUCCGUCAAUCCAAACCGCGCCGCGGAGCCCAUGACUGACAAACUCCGCGCCGCCUUCAAGCGCAGAGUUGCCAAGGGCGAAAAGUAUCCCCUUCUCUGGGCCAUUCAAGAAACCUUCCGUUUUGAAUUCUGGCUAGGUGGCCUCGUCCAGCUCAUCUCUACCAUCCUUCAAGUCAUGUCACCCUUCACCCUCCGUUUCCUCAUCCAGUUCGCCACCGACGCCUAUAUCGCGAACAUCCAAAACCUUCCCGCGCCCCCCAUUGGACGGGGCAUUGGCCUCGUCCUCGGAGUCACGGCCAUGCAGAUUCUCCAGAGCUUGUGUACGAAUCAUUUCAUCUACCGUGGCAUGAUGAUCGGUGGUGAAGCGAGAGCGGUCCUAAUUGGUCUCAUCUUUGAAAAAUCCAUGGUUUUGUCUGGACGCGCGAGAGCCGGAGGCGCCAAGGAGCAGGACGCCGGUGCUCAGGAAGCCGAAGAAGAUUCGGAAAAGAAGGACCAGAAAAAGCCGAGUGACGACGAGAAGAAGAAGAAAGGCAAGAAAGGAGCUGGCAAUACACCCGGUAUAGCUGGAGACGGUGCCGGUUGGGGAAACGGUCGUGUCGUCAACUUGAUGAGCGUUGAUACCUAUCGUAUUGACCAGGCUUCUGCCCUCCUCCACAUUGCAUGGACCGCCCCCAUCGGAUGCAUCAUCACCCUUGUCGUGCUCAUUGUCAACUUGACAUACAGUGCUCUCGCUGGCUUCGCGCUUCUUGUCGUCGGCGUACCUGCCCUGACUCGUGCCAUCCGCAGUCUCUUCGUUCGCCGUAAAAGGAUCAACAAGAUCACCGACCAGCGAGUUAGUUUGACCCAGGAAAUUCUGCAGUCCGUCCGCUUCGUCAAGUACUUUGGCUGGGAGAGCUCCUUCUUAAAGCGUCUCGAGGACAUCCGAAGCCGUGAGAUUCACGGCAUUCAAGUCCUCUUGGCUAUCCGUAACGGCAUCAACGCCAUCAGCAUGUCUCUUCCCGUCUUUGCCUCCAUGCUUUCCUUCAUUACGUACUCUCUCACCGACAACAGCAUGAAGCCUGCCCAGGUCUUCUCCUCUCUCGCUCUCUUCAAUGGCCUGCGUAUUCCGCUCAACAUGCUUCCCCUCGUCCUCGGCCAGGCCGUCGAUGCGUGGUCGUCCAUCAAGCGUAUUCAGGAAUUCCUCCUCGCCGAGGAAAUGGAAGACACGGUCAUUCACAAACCCGAUGCUGAGGACGCUGUAGAGGUUCGCGAUGCGUCGUUUACUUGGGAACGGACUCCUACCCAGGAGACCGAAGUCAAGAAGGCGGCGGGAGACAAGGGCCGGAGACCUGCUUCGUCGGGGCACGAGUCCGACGGAACUUCGACCACACUCGCGGAGAGAGAGCCGUUUAAGUUACACAAUCUCGAUUUUUCCAUCAAGCGGAAUGAGCUAGUCGCCGUCAUUGGAACUGUGGGGAGUGGAAAGAGCUCGUUGUUGGCUGCUCUCGCGGGAGACAUGAGAAAAACAAGUGGAGAGGUUAUCCUUGGUGCCGAUAGAGCCUUUUGUCCUCAGUAUGCCUGGAUCCAAAAUGCGACUGUUCGGAACAACAUCCUGUUUGGCAAGGAUAUGGAUAAGGACUGGUAUAAGGAGGUUAUCCGAGCUUGUGCUCUUCAGCAGGAUCUGGACAUGCUUCCCAAUGGAGACAUGACUGAAAUUGGUGAACGAGGCAUCACCAUCUCCGGUGGACAGAAGCAGCGCCUCAACAUUGCUCGAGCCAUUUACUUCGACGCCGACAUUGUCAUCAUGGAUGACCCGCUCAGUGCCGUCGAUGCCCACGUUGGCCGCCACAUCUUUGAUAACGCUAUCCUGGGCCUGCUUAAGGACAAGUGCAGGAUCUUGGCGACUCAUCAGCUCUGGGUCCUCAACAGGUGUGAUCGAAUCAUCUGGAUGGAAGCCGGUAGGAUCCAGGCCGUUGACACAUUUGACAAUCUCAUGCGGGAUCAUGCCGGAUUCCAGCAGCUUAUGGAAACGACGGCGGUCGAGGAAAAGCGUGAGGGAUUAGAUCAACCCGGCGCUGGAGAUCUUGGGGCGGGCGAUCCAGACAAGAAGAAGAAGAAAAAGAAGGGAGCCGCGCUCAUGCAACAGGAAGAGCGUGCCGUUGCCAGUGUUCCUUGGUCCGUUUAUUCCGCUUAUAUUCGCGCCUCCGGGUCCUACUUUAAUGCCCCUAUCCUUCUUAUCGCUCUCGUAAUAGCCCAAGGCACGAAUAUUGUGACUGGAUUGUGGCUGUCUUGGUGGACUUCGAACAAGUUCGGUUUCUCUACGGGACAAUACAUCGGAGGUUAUGCAGGUCUCGGUGCCGUGCAGGUGCUCCUCAUGUUCACCUUCUCAGUCCUCCUCUCGAUCUUUGGCACGACGGCCAGUAAGAAGAUGUUGCAGGAAGCCGUCACCCGAGUGUUGCGGGCACCCAUGUCCUUCUUUGAUACGACACCCCUCGGACGAAUCACGAAUCGGUUCUCUCGAGAUGUCGAUGUCAUGGACAACAACCUAACGGAUGCCAUGCGAAUGUACUUCUUUACGCUGUCUAUGCUUUUGUCUGUCUUUAUUCUCAUCAUCGCAUAUUUCCACUACUUCGCCAUCGCUCUCGUACCGCUCUUCUUUCUCUUCAUCUUCUCGGCGUCGUACUACCGCGCAUCGGCGCGUGAGGUCAAGCGCUUCGAAUCAGUGCUCCGUUCUACUGUCUUUGCUAAGUUCGGAGAGGGUCUCACUGGCGUGGCUUCCAUCCGCGCCUACGGCCUGCAGAAUCGAUUUAUCAAAGAACUAAGGCAGUCCAUCGACGAGAUGGAUGCCGCUUACUAUCUUACCUUUUCGAAUCAGCGUUGGCUCGCUGUUCGGCUCGACCUAAUCGGCAACUGCUUGGUCUUCACGACGGGUAUCCUCGUCGUCACCUCGCGGUUCAACGUGUCGCCUUCUAUCGCUGGUCUCGUCCUGAGUUACAUCCUCUCCAUCGUCAUGAUGAUCCAGUUCACAGUGCGGCAGCUCGCCGAAGUCGAGAAUGGCAUGAACGCCGUUGAGCGACUACGAUACUACGGAAAGAACCUCGAGGAAGAGGCCCCGCUGCACACCAUCGAAGUGCGCGACACAUGGCCCGAAAAGGGAGAAAUCAUCUUCGACCACGUGCAGAUGCGGUAUCGCGAGAACCUACCCCUCGUGCUCCAAGAUUUCGACAUCCACAUCAAGGGAGGUGAGAGGAUCGGUAUCGUGGGGCGAACGGGAGCCGGGAAGAGUUCCAUCAUGUCGACGCUUUUCAGGCUUGUUGAGCUGUCGGGCGGUCACAUCACCAUCGACGGUGUCGAUAUUUCCACCAUUGGGUUACACGACCUCCGGUCCCGACUCGCCAUCAUUCCGCAGGAUCCUACGCUCUUCCGCGGUACUGUGAGGAGCAACCUCGACCCCUUCGGCGAGCACACCGACCUCGAACUCUGGUCCGCCCUACGGCAAGCGGAUCUCGUCCAGGACCAGCCUCCCGCCGCCCCAACAUCCCCCACCACCACCACCACCGAGCCCAACCCCGACGGCACAACCGAGAAGGAGUUGCCCCCCUCCUCCCCCCAAGCCCGCGACCAACAACCCUCCAUCCACCUCGACUCCGUCGUCGAAGAAGACGGCCUCAACUUCUCCCUCGGCCAACGCCAACUCAUGGCCCUCGCCCGCGCCCUCGUCCGCAACAGCCAGAUCAUCGUCUGCGACGAAGCCACCUCCUCCGUCGAUAUGGAAACCGACGACAAGAUCCAAAACACCAUCGCCACGGGCUUCAAGGGCAAGACCCUCCUCUGCAUCGCUCACAGGCUGCGCACCAUUAUUGGGUACGAUCGCAUCUGCGUCAUGGAUUCGGGGAGGAUUGCUGAGUUGGGGACGCCAUUGGAGUUGUGGGUUAGGGAUGGGUUGUUUAGGGGGAUGUGUGAGAGGAGUGGGAUUCGGGUGGAGGAUAUCAAGGGUGCGGAGGUAGAGAAGGAGGACUAG